AUGGCUCCGCCGGGAGCAUUCGAAACACAGAAGAACAAGGAACACCGAAGUCAUCGAACUGGAGGAAAGGCCACAAAGAUUAAGGAGAAGAAUAAAGUAAAAGGUAACAAUGCGAAAGCAUUCACAUUCAAAUCUGCUGUCGCUGCCGAGAAAGCCAUCAGAAGAGCAGCAGACAUAAACGAACGGAAAAAGCAUGUUCUGUACAUGGACCGAAAACCUGUUCUUCCACCUCCAAUUAUUGUGGCGAUUAUAGGGCCCAGCAAGGUCGGCAAAACUACUCUUUUACGUGGUCUUGUAAAGUAUUAUUUGAAAAGUGGCUUCCAAGAACUGAAAGGUCCUGUCACCAUUGUGACCGGGAAGAAACGUAGAGUACAAUUUAUUGAAGUAAAAAACGACAUCAAUCAUAUGAUCGACAUGGCAAAAACAGCUGAUUUGGUUUUGCUUAUGGUAGAUGCUUCCUACGGCUUUGAAAUGGAAACAUUCGAGUUCCUUAAUAUCUGUCAAGUUCAUGGCAUGCCACGUAUUCUUGGGGUUCUCAACCAUUUGGAUUGCUUAAAAGGAAUGGGAAAGGUGAACAAAACCAAGAAGAUAAUGAAACACAGGUUCUGGACAGAAAUUUAUCAGGGUGCCAAGUUGUUCUACCUUACUGGAGUAAUCCACAACGAAUACAAGAAGAACGAAUUACACAAUUUAGUGCGCUUUAUAUCGGUUAUCAAGUUCCGUCCCCUUGUUUGGAGAGAAGCACAUCCUUACAUGUUGUGUGACCGCUACGAAGAUAUAACCGACGCUGAGGUUUUGCGAGCAGAUCCUAAUGCGGAUAGAACAGUCUGCCUUUAUGGCUGGGUGCACGGAGCUCACUUCAAAAACCAGUCUGCUAUUCAUAUUCCCGGUGUUGGUGAUCUUCGCGUGAAAAACGUUAGCAGCAUUCCCGACCCAUGUCCUCUUCCAGAGCAAGAGAAGCGAAGAGCACUCAAUCAACAAGAACGUAUGGUAUAUGCCCCUUUCUCAGGACUUGGUGGUAUUGUUUACGACAAAGAUGCUAUUUAUAUUGAGUCAAAAGCACACAAAAACAUGGAGAGCAAACGUCAUGAACUGGUAGAGGCCUUGGAAAAUGUCAAAUCGACUAUCGAUGGAAAAAUGAGUGGAGCGAAACUGAAGUUAUUGGGAAAUUCUAUCCCUAUUGAGGACAAUGAUGAGGAUGGCAGCGAAGAAUCAAUGGAAUCUGAAGGUGAAGAGGAUCAAUCAGACAACAAAAGUUCAUGUUCACAACAUAGCUCUCGAGAUCAGUUUGAUAGUGAUGACGAUGACAAAGAAUUUAAUUUCGACUCUGACAGUGAUUAUGAAAAAAUCGACUAUGAGGAGUCUAAAGGCAGUUGCACUGGAUCUCGAGCUAAGAGAGCUAUUGAUGACUGGGGAGGAUUGGCUCGUAAAAGCUUUGAACAAUUCAACCCAAAACAGCAAACAAGGCUAAACUGGAUGAGCAUCAUCUACGGUGAAGAGGAUGUGGAACUCGCUGUAAAUGAAGAACAGAUCUUUGAUAGUUUGUUCAAAGUUAGAAAAUCAAGUAUGAAACCUCUCUUAGAGCAAGAAGAUUGUUUCUCGUGGCGCGAAUGCGCUUCAACCUCUUAUGACGUUCCUGACUGGACUGACGAAGAUGCAAGGACGUCUAUAAGAAACUGCUUUGUGACGGGUGCGUGGACCGAAGAUGAUGAAGAAGAAAAGGAGUUAAAGGAUAAUAUGGAUGUAGAAAUGGAAGAUUUUGAUGACAAGCAUGGAGUAGAAGAUAUGGAGAUGAAGAAUUCCGCUGUGGAGCAAGCCGAAGCGGCAGCACGUGAGAGGAGAGCAGAAGAAAAAAUAAAGCUGAAGCAGCGGUUCAAUGAUGAUUAUGAUGAGUCAUGUAAACAUUACAACAGUUUAAAGAACGAGAUGGAGGAACAGGCUCAGUUAAACAAAAGUUUAUUUGAAGGAAUGGACGAAAGUGAACGGGAACAACUUGAAGGUUUUCGAGCAGGACGUUAUGUUCGUGUCGAAUUAGAAGAUAUUCCUUGCGAAUUUAUACAGAACUUCGAUCCCACUUCUCCGUAUAUUAUUGGUGGUCUCUUAGCUGGAGAACAAAAUAUGGGGAUCGUUCAGGUCCGAAUAAAAAGGCAUCGAUGGUUUGAGAGGAAUCUGAAGUCACGCGAUCCAUUGAUAAUUAGCUGUGGCUGGCGAAGAUUUCAAAGCGUUGCCGUGUACUCCAUACAGGAUCAUAAUAUGCGACAACGGUUCUUAAAAUACACCCCUGAACAUAUGCACUGUCAUGGUCACUUUUGGGGUCCUAUUGUCCCGCAAAACACAGGAUUUGUUGCUGUACAAUCAGUUGCAGACAGAACUCCUGGAUAUCGAAUUGUUGCCACUGGCGUUGUAUUAAAUCUUGAAAAAGCCACCCAAGUUAGCAAAAAAUUGAAGCUUGUUGGGACACCAGAGAAAGUGUUUAAGAAUUCGGCUUUCAUAAAGGGAAUGUUCAACUCACAAAUGGAAGUGGCCAAGUUUGAAGGGGCUGCUAUCAGAACAGUGUCUGGAAUUCGGGGGCAAAUUAAGAAAGGAUUGCGCGAACCUGCGGGGACAUUUAGGGCAACUUUUGAAGACAAAAUUUUAAUGAGAGACAUCGUGUUCUUGCGUACGUGGAUUUCUGUCCCUAUUCCUCGGUUCUAUGCUCCUGUUAUUGAUCAUCUUUUACCUCCUGGAGAGCCAUGGGUUGGAAUGCGCACAGUUGGCAAAAUCCGCCAUGAGCUCGGUGUUAAGCCGGAACAAAGAGAGGACUCUCUUUAUAAGCCAAUAGAGCGUGAAGAAUUGGAAUCUGCACCUCUUCACAUUCCGUACAAAUUGCAACAGAGUCUUCCAUUUGUGCUCAAGCCAACUUAUGAGGAGAAAUCGAAUGAUAAGAAGGAAAGUUUAAUAGCUCGGAAUACUGCUUUGAUCUUAGAGCCUGAAGAAUCAAAGAGAAAGCGGAUGAUGGAUAUGCUUAGGGUUAUCAACAAAGAUAUUGUUAAAAAGAGCGAAGCCGCGCGUGAGAAACAUAUGACGGAGAAGGCUAAGGAGAUAGCGGAAUUUGAAGCGAAACGAGAGAAGAACAUCAAAGCACGAAAGAAGGCGAUCUCUCGUGUUUUGUCUAAGCGUGAACAGUAUCGAUUGAGAAAAGCUCUGGAUUUCAUGCUUGGACUGGAGUCAUGGUUCCACAACUUUUCACAAUUCAUCUACAUUGCUAAUACUCCUGAAGUUCUAGCUGAUAUUCCUCGACCAUAUGCUGAAUAUGCAAUUUAUGGUUUUUUCAAAGGUGCUGAGCUCACGAGUAUUCUAGGAGGUUGUGUCGCGCAUCCAAUAUACCGAUGGUAUCUGCAUCGUCAGUUAAAACCAGAGAACACGACUCCUAACUCUCACAAGAUCAUCAGGGCUACCUGCAGAAAGUUGCAGGGUCGAUUUUUGCUUUUUGGCUUGUUCACUGGCCCUGUUGUCGCCCUUAUUCACGCUCAGAGCUUAGGUGAUGAAAUGGCGCUGCGUAAUCUAUGCUACAAAAUUCGCUGUGACACAUUUUCCUUAUCUAUAGAUCGCACUACAGCACUACUAGGGUUUUUGGGAUGGUAUUGGAAGAGGUUCCAAGGAGCGGUGGACUUUAUUAAUAUUGGAAUAGCUUACGCAAUUAUAAAUAAUAAGAUCAUUGCACCACGAACAUCACCAUUACUGAAAGAUAAGGUGCAGCCUCAGGAAAGGUAUGAAAGUGUGGAAGCUGCAGCAGAAAAUCGAUCCCGACUCAGGAAGUUCCUCGCCGAGAAAGAGAAACGAAAGGCACUAGCAAGCGAAGGCUGA